GGACAACAAAAUGAUGAAAAGCAAAAACUAUUGGGUAGAUUAACACAAAAGGAAACACAAUGGGUAUGGGGCAAUCUCUAGAAUUCAACAAAGUUCCACAAAUAUUUAUGAGAGAGAGAGAGAGAGAGAGAGAUGAGGAGGAAGUAAAAAGGAACGGAGACUGAGAUGGGUUGUUGUUGGCUCUUCUCCAACACUAAAUACUUAUUUAAGCAGGCAAAAGGAGGUCUUGAGGUUAAAUUAGUGGAGUUUCAAGAGCAAGGGUGUCUCUUGCUGCCUUCUUUAAACACUAUCCUCCUUAAUUGUAUCUCCUCUGCACUCUCUCUCUCUCUCUGUUCAUUGGCCACACUCUCUUAUAUAUCCUUAACAUAAGCACAUAUCUUUUGGAGAAUGGAAGGAGUAGAAGGGACUUCUGCACCAAAUGAAAAGAAAGGAAGAUUCAAAAGAAUUUGUGUUUUCUGUGGUAGUAGGCCUGGAUACAAAUCUACAUUUAGUGAUGCAGCUCUUGAGCUUGGCAAAGUGCUGGUUGAUAGAAAGAUUGAUUUGGUUUAUGGUGGAGGAAGUGCAGGUCUAAUGGGUUUGGUCUCCCAGUCAGUGUUUAAUGGAGGCUGCAAUGUUCUUGGAGUGAUUCCUAAAGCUCUUUUGCCUCAUGAGAUAUCAGGAGAGUCCAUUGGAGAAGUGAAAACAGUUGUAGAUAUGCACCAGAGGAAGGCGGAAAUGGCAAAACAUGCUGACGCAUUCAUCGCACUUCCCGGUGGCUAUGGAACCAUGGAGGAGUUGUUAGAGAUGAUAUCGUGGUCUCAUCUUGGAAUCCAUCACAAGCCAGUGGGGCUGUUGAACGUAGAUGGGUACUAUAACAGCUUGCUUGCCUUAUUUGAUAAAGGAGUGGAAGAGGGUUUCAUAGAGGAUUCAGCCAGGCGUAUUGUGGUUAUUGCAGAUACAGCAGAAGAACUCAUGAAGAAAAUGGAGGAAUAUGCACCAGCCCCAUGACAUGGUAGCACGCAGACAAAGUUGGGAAGCGUGCCAUUUAUUGGUCUAGUCAAAGUGGGGAAGCCCUCAAAUCUUAAAUUUUAAUCACCUAUCAUGUUUGUGUAGUUCCUUUGUAAUCAAUAAGAAAAAGACAGCAAAAUUGCCCAAGUUUUCUCUA